GCCCCGCCCACCGCCACCACCGCCCCUGCUCCAAGUCCCGCCCCCUUCAAAGAGUUUCCCAAAAGCCAGCGCGGCAGGCCUCGGUCGCACUAAGAUGGCGACUCCCAUGCAUCGCCUCAUAGCCCGGAGACAAGCUGAAGCAAAUAAGCAACAUGUCAGAUGUCAAAAAUGCUUGGAAUUUGGACAUUGGACAUACGAAUGCACAGGAAAAAGAAAAUACCUACACAGGCCUUCAAGAACAGCAGAACUAAAGAAAGCUUUAAAAGAAAAGGAAAACAGAUUAUUGCUCCAACAAAGCAUCGGAGAAGCCAAUGUGGAAAGGAAGACCAAGAAAAAAAGGGCUAAGAGUGUAACCAGCUCCAGUAGCGACAGCAGUGACAGCUCAGCCAGCGAUUCCUCUUCCGACAGUGACGCGUCUACCUCGUCCUCCUCCGAGGCCAGCGACAGUGACGAGAGCUCCUCCAGCUCCUCCUCCUCAGGCUCCUCCACAAGCUCCUCCUCGUCGUCCUCCUCCUCCGACUCCAGCUCUUCCAGCAGCAGCAGCACCAGCACAGAGAGCAGCUCCGAGGACGAGCCUCCAAAGAAGAGGAAGAAGAAGUAGACUGACACCUUGGGGACCGGCUGCCUCCGCAGGGCGAGGCCAGACCAGUUUACAGUCAGAGUGCAGAGUUCACAAGUUUCUAAAUGUUUUACAUUACAAGAGCCUAAAGAGUGUUCCUAAUGGAUUAUAUAUAUAUAAAGACUUUAUGUUAAGGGUGAAUCUUUUUUUUUUUACCUUUAGAAUAUCAAAGCUCAAAUUCAGUAGAUCUGCUUUUAUGAUAAGAUCUAUUUUUUCCUCCCUGUGAAAUAAAUGCUAUUCUUUGUUAUAUGUUCAUGUAUAUAUCAACGUGUUGUCAGGAGAAUACACCAGAAUAUCAUGAAUUUCUAUUGGUUUAGGCUGUGUGUUAUCAUGUAAGUCUUAAUUUCAUUGUUACAGCAAGUUUAAAGCUUUUCCUACUCUUAAUAAAUGUGAUCUAUUUUUAUGUUUAUGUUCAAAAAGUUCUAGCUUUUUAUCACAAGUGGUAAGUUGAAGAAGCCUAUUACUGUAUUUAGGCUCUUUGGAUGUUGUUGAAUUUGAAGUUGGGUUUUACUGUUUGUUCUCAUUCCUUAAGUUCAUAAAAUUACCGUGGCCAAGGAAAAUCAUUAUGGCAGAACUAAAAAGGGAUAAAAAAUCUGAAAUGAUUUAGGGGUCUGAUCUUGAUGCCUUUUUAAAAAUAUGAGUGCAUUGGAAAAGAAAGCAACCAGGUCAAGGCUUAACUCCAGGACAAGUCC